CGCGGGGAAAGCUCACGGUCGGCCGCGCCGCUUUCUCCCGCCGGCUUUGCGACCGUGCCGUAAGGCAGCCCCUCGCGCCGUCGCGGCUCUGCCGUGCUCUGCGGCCGUCGGGGGACGCUGGCCAUGGCGGCCCUGCGGCCCUCGAGGAGGGCACUUGUCCCUCCGCUCUGCCGCGCCUUCGCGGGGUCCGGCUGUCAGCUCGCCCCAGAGCGCGGCGCGGAGCGCAGGGAUACUGCGUCCGGCCGGGUCUCAGGAUUCUGCCCUCCAAGAAAAUCUUGCCAUGAUUGGAUAGGACCCCCAGAUAAACAUUCAAACCUUCGACCCGUUCACUUCUACGUCCCCAAAAACGAAUCACCGUUGGAACAGAAGCUAAGACAAUUAAGACAAGAAACACAAGAAUGGAACCAACAGUUCUGGGCAAAGCAGAAUUUGACAUUCCGCAAGGAGAAAGAAGAAUUUAUUCGCUCGAGACUGAAAGCUAGAGGCCUGGAACCCAGAGCUGGAUCAGGUCCCCUGGUUCUGCAGCCUUUUCUGCGGAAGAGCGCCGUCUCUCUCCUAGACCAGCUCCACUCCGUGCGUUCUGACCUCAGCUCAGGCUGGUGCCCACCAGCCCCCCGGGAGUCGCAAACGUCACGGAAGCCCUCCUCAGAGCCCCCCCAUUUCUCUGUGAGGAUUUCCUCUUGCACAUUUCCCAGCACUCGGAGCGCUCCCUGACUGAUACACCGCUUUCCUUCUGGCACUUGCUAAUUCUGUGACCGCGGUGGUAGCUUUCUGACUGGUUCUGUGACCUCCAGUCUUUAAAUCAGGGGUCGGCAAACUUCCUGUAGUGGGCGAGAUAGUAAGUAGUCUCAUUUUCUGGGCCGUGUGGGGUCUCCAUCUCGGCUGUUCAGCUCUGCCACUGUGUGAAAGCGGCCAUGGAAAAUACGUAGACUAAUGGGCAUGAGUGUGUUCCAGUAAAACUUGAUUUCCGAGAGGGCAGGCGGUGGGCCGCAUUUGGCCUGUGGGUGUAGUUUAUCAACUCCUGCCUCAAAUUCACUCUGCAGUGCAGCCAGACCGUCCUUCCCCAAGGGCAAAUUUGACAUUUGUUGCUUAGCUUAGGUUUUCAGACUCCACAUGACUACAGAAUGGCGGCUGUGCUCUGGGUCUGGAUUGAAGGCCGCCACGGCCCUGCCUGGCUACUCUCCGCACCUCGUCCCCCGUGCCCUGUGCUCGAUGUGGCGAGAACACUGUGCUCUAUUAGUCUCUGCUCCCCUGAGCCACCUGCUCUUUUCUGGAUAGAAGAUCCAGAGUAACUUUGAUCAUUUUCUCUUGCCGUCAGUGUUAGGCCUGAAUAACAUUUCAUAAUGUUUGUUAAACAGAUUUCUGCUGUCAAAACGUGAUUCUCAUGGAAAAUCAGAAAACCAUUGGCCCUAAAAGCCAUGUCUCUCGUUGGGCUAAAGCGGGGUUCCCUCUCUCUCUGCUAAUCCUUAGUGCGGCCAGAAUCAGUUCAGGAUGGAGAGCUGCGGAAGCCGGACCACAUGGUGGCGGGCUCUGCCGUUGGCUGCCAUCAAGGUGCUGGCUUGGCGGGCUGGAGCCGGCGGGAAAGGAUGCUGGGUCCGGUCCUGACAGCACGCGGAGAGUAGCGGCUCGCAGUUUCAGCCCGCAGCUGCGCUGGGUGCUACGCUGAGUCCUCUGCUGCGUCUUGUGUUUUAGUUCCCACCAUGACCCAACGAAGUGGCUCCUGCGACUUUUGCCAUUUUAGAGAUGAGGAACCUGAGGGCAAAGUAUGUAACCAAAAUGACACAGUAAGUGGAGGGGCCUAGAUUCUGGCCUAGUGACUUGGGUUUCCGGCGCUUGUCUGAUGUGAUCUUGCCCCAGUGGCUCUCAGCUUGCCCUGUGCUGUCCUGGCCCCGGACCGUGGUCACAGUUGCCACAGCCCUAAGGGAGGGGCAUGCCAGCCUCAGGAGUGUGCCGUCAGGGUCGUCAGGGUCAGGGAGGCUGUGACAUAACCACUCUCUGAACAGGUGGGAGAGGUGGUUUUGAGUCUUGUCAUUAAUAUCACAGAGUUCCUGUAGAUGGCGUUACCAUGUACUGGAAGGUUGGGCUUAAAUCAGAUCUUUUAAUUAACUUGGUAAUGAAACAGGAAAGAAUGUAUCAAGGAAAGGGACACCAUAAGGGGAGGCACCCACUCUGUUAGCAUUUCAACCGUUUCCAGGCUGCGGUGAUGGUGGUGUGGGGGGUAACACAGGCGUGUCGCCUCCAUGGGCCCAGAGUACACGAGUACGGGGUCCUGCAGACUGAGGGAGGAAGAGGUCUGUUCUAAUUAACGAUGACGGAGAAUCUGCUUCUGGCCCGAAAGAGUAAAUUUGGAUUCAUGGCCCCUAUAAUAUAAAUAGGUUCCAAGUAUUUCAAGAAGUUAAUUAUUAAAAAUGAGUUAUUUAUGGAUUAAAAGUUAAAUAUUU